AUGGGCGCCAAAGUACCACGCAACUUCCGACUGCUAGAAGAACUGGAGAAGGGCGAGAAAGGCCUCGGCGCAGAGGCAUGCUCGUACGGUCUUGCCGACGGCGACGAUCUGAUGAUGUCAAACUGGAAUGGCACAAUCCUCGGACCUCCUCACAGUGCCCAUGAGAAUCGAAUCUACAGUGUCAACAUCCAUUGUGGAGAGCAGUACCCAGAUGUGCCUCCCACGAUCCAAUUCGUCUCGAGGGUAAACUUACCCUGCGUGGACCAGAAGACCGGAAAGGUCGAUCCCUCAAAGCUACCAUGUCUGGCGAACUGGAAGCGAGACUAUACGAUGGAAACUAUCCUCAUCGAAUUAAGAAGAGGCUCUGGCCAGUGGGAAGCACGUGAUCUAUUUCGUAGGGCUUCGGCUAAGUUCCCCGUUCCUACUGACCGGGGCGUAGAAAGUAUUGCGAACGACGGCGUUUCACUCUUCGACGGCGUUUCAUGCCAACAGACCAGAAAUGUGCGGAUGCCGCGUCAAUUUGCACCGAAACGGUCAGGAGUGCAUCGUUUAGGAUGCUUGUCAUUGUACAGGGCACUCCUUAGAGAGUGCGGAAGGCUGUCUACAGCCUUGGGCCAGAAGGCAGCCCAUGGGACCAAAGGCACACUGCGAUCAAUCGUGAGAUACCGCUUCGAUAAAGACCGCGACAUCCUCUCCCCUCCACAAGUGGCCAACGGCAUCACAGCCGGUUAUUGCUUUUUGGACCUUCUCCGAUCCUGCAAUGCAGGCUCUUCGCAGUCUCUCGCCCGCUUCACGCAGACGCUCGAGUCCAUGAGCAUCCAGGCCCAGGACACGGCGACCCGACGAGCCAAGUUUGCUUCCCUCUGGAGACCACCUCCUCCGCACCACCGCCGUCGACUGGAACACUUGAAAAAGGUGAAGAACCCAGCCAACUACGCCCACGACCCUUCCGACCCGCGGAUCUUCCACCACCCGGCGCCCCUGUCCUCGAUCAAGUCGGGCGUGCGCAAGGUCCCCAACCUGAUCGUCACCCAGGGGAUCCCGGUGCUCAAGUAUCCCGGCCCGCAACCGGUGCUGAUCAACCGUGUCGUCAAGAACAAGAUCAAAUGGGGGAUCAAAACGUUCAACCAGCACAAGCAGUUGGAGGACCAGAGGCACCUGGCCGAGUGCGAGGACGAGUGGGACGACAUCGUGCAGACUCGGCACGGCGUGAAGAAGGGCGUCGAGGAGGCUGAAGAGGGGAAGUGGGUGCAGAGUAUCCGCGACGCGGAUGCGCACCUGGAAAAGCGGCUCGCGGAACAAAUGAGGAGGAACACAGAGUUGAGCGGCAAGUUCCAUGAAAUCGUGGUCGCUGAGAGGGAACUGAAAGAGAAGGAGCGAAGAGAGGCAAAGCACCAACGACGCAUGGCCAGGAAGAGAGCACUCGACGAAGACGCUGAAAUGAAGACCACUCAAGAGGAACGUGAGCCUUCUACCGGUGACAAUUGA